GUUAUACGAAACACGCUUUUAGUAAAUGAAGCAACUGUUCAUAUGAAAAAUGGAAGUUACAAUAAAGCUAUAUUUCUGUACAAUCAAAUGUGUAAACAAAAAAAAUACGAUCUACCUCAAGAACGUUCUGUACAACUCGGCGUACAGAGCGUUCUUGUUGUUUCAAACAUUUUGAAAUCACAAGAAUAGAUAUUUACCACAUUUGACCUGUCUCGGAUUGGCGUUGUUACUCGUUUCUAAGGAAACAAGCUACCUGAUUUUGAGGUGUCGGCAACCAAACGUAUCUUGACAUUCUUGGCACGUAGGCAAAGAUCAUACGUUCGCGAUUCCUACACGAGAAUUUCUCGGUUUCUGUUUAGUUAUGCGCGAGAUAGAAACGUAUGAAAGAGAAGAAUUAGAAUAUCUUGCGUAGUAGCUCAGUGUAAAUUCUGCUUAUUAUAAUAGAAUAUUGUAAUAUAUACAUAAAAGAUUGUUAAACUCAACGAUUGAGAAUGAGCGACGUGCCACAAGCCGUCGCCGAGGCGGCCGAGGACACAACGUCCACGAGCGCAAUUGAACAUCAGGUCAUGGACAUCCUGAAUCCUGGCUUACAUCAUCACGAUCUGCUGCAGAGCUACGUGCGCGCGGAAGCUCCCGAUCAUGAUUCGAAGCAGGAAUUUUCCGAGGAAUUUGAAGAACCAAGCAAAGAAGGUCCAUCGGGUAAAUAUCCGACGAUAACGAACGGCGGCAACGCUCGCUAUGCCCAGGAAGGUAAAGGGAAGAAAGGCAACGAAGGAAGGAAGGAAAAGGAGAGGUCUAAUACCGUUAUUGACUCGGAGAUGAGAAAACAAAAAUCGAGGAAAAAGUGACGUCAGCACGACAGCGAGAUC